CUUGAUUGAUUUGGAGUUGCUUUUCUGUUCAUAAGUAUAACACAGACACACACAUUACUGUGGUCUCUGUGUGGUUUCUCAAUCGAGAAACUGUGAGACACACGAGAGCAACAGGGCAAGAUGAGACUCGACCGCUGGGCGGGUCGUUGCUGUUCGUUUCCUGGCGUCUCAUUGGCUCAGUGAGACAGUUUCAGUGUCUCGAAUACCUUCGGUUCCCUUCAUACCUGAGACGCUGCUGGACGCUCACAGAGAUGGCAGGAACACCGGGGAUAUUUGGCAUAUGUCUGCUCUUUGCUGGAGUUCACGUGACUUCAGGCAUAACCGUAAACAUCCCUGAUAAAGAAUAUAAGAUUGCGAGGGGCGAGAUUGCGAUGAUACCCUGCACUUUCACACCGAGUGCAACUAUCACAACAAUAACUUGGACGGCAGAGGCAGAUGUGCCGGGUGAACCGGAGAUUGAGAUUGCCAGUUUCUUCAGUCUCAGUAACAAAAUUACAGUAUACAAGAAAUACAAAGGCAGAGCAAACUUGGAUGUCGAUCUGAAGGCAGGAACAACCAAACUGAAGCUGCAGAGCGCCACCAGCGCCGACACGCGCGUCUACAACUGCAAAGUUCAAGAUUCGGAAGAUGAGGAGGGCAGCCUGUCUGACACGGCCAAACUCGUUGUCCUGGUGGCUCCAUCGAUACCCAUCUGCAACGUCGUCGGGAAGGCGGAAUACUUUCAGAACAUCGAACUGACCUGCAACUCGGCGGAGGGAACGCCGACGCCGACCUACAAGUGGCAAAGCCACAACGUCAAUAAUAUCCCUCGACCGCUGCCGCCCAAGGCCACCGACAAAAACGGGGUUUUGUCGCUCUUCAACAUUUCCAUAGACACGUCCGGCUACUACGUCUGCACAUCCGCCAACGAAAUCAGAUCUGUGACGUGUAACGUGACCCUGGCCGUCAUGCCACCGUCCAUGGCCUUGAGCACCGCCGCCACGGCCGGGAUCAUCGCGGUUGGUGCGGGCGCGUUGCUUCUUUUGGGCAUCGUCAUCUUCUGCUGCUGCUGCCGUCGCAGGAGGGAGAAGGAUGAGGAGUACUCCAUGGGGACUCCCGAAGGAGGAGAAUUCACAGACAAGGACCCCGAAGGGAGAGAGGACCAUCACGACGAACCCGUGAAAUACGAGGAGGAACGCCGCGUGAAAAGCGCAGACAGACGCGAUCCGCAAGACGACCGCAGCGAGAGGAGCUACGAUCGCCGCAGUGACUACGACGACCGGAGAGAUCAAUACGCAGACCGGCGGGACGAUCGCAGCGACCGGCGGGAGAGGUACGACAGAGACGACCGCUACGACGACCGCCGUGACCGCUACGACGACCGCCGUGACCGUUACGACGACCGCAGAGAUCAAUACGACGACCGGCGCGACCGCUACGACGACCGCAGAGACCGCUACGAUGACCGCUACGACAGCGACCGUUACUCCGACCGCUACGACAGCCGCGACAGACCGCCCAGCGUUCCGCCGAAUAAACCCAAAGAACCGAGGAACUGAGUUCAGCAGACGCGCAGUCGUUCCUCAGAAAUACACAGAAACUAGGAAAAUGGACAGCAAUAGCUUUUUAAGAAUCGUCUUGUGCCUCAUAUGCUGAAUAUUAGAUUUGAUAGAAUAAAAGGGCUUAAUUAAUCUACCCCUGACACACAUUAGUGUCGUGGGCAUUUUGUCUCGUAUGUGUUUGUGUUUUUAAUGUGAAAAUCACAAAGUCAAAUACUCUGAUAAUGGUGUGUAAGCAGGAUGACGAGGAUUGGUUUGCUGUGAUUUUCCUGCUGUUCUUUUGUAUUGUGAAAAGCCGUCGCUGUAUUCAUGUCUACGCUCGGAAGCCCCUUGUCUCAUAUUUAAGUCUGCUUCUUUAUUUUUCAUACCUUUGUUGACAUGUUUCAUGUGGGAUUUCCAUGAACUCAAGACUUCCUAACUUCAUUUAUAGGAAUAUGUAGUGUGAAACUAUUAGAUUUCAGUUUAUUUUAGUUUUCUCCCAUUUCAGCCCAUUGCUUGAUUUUUGGAUUGUUUCAGAAUAAAUCAUUUAAGCAAAUGUCUUCUGUUUGUGGAAUAAUGGCUUUCACUGAAGUUCCUGAUUCAGAUGUUUAAUAUUCAGGCUUCAGUUUUAAACUGUGACAAAGAGUGAAGCUGAACUGCAGCGGUUGGUUUGCGAACCCACUAACCUAAUGUUGUGAGCGCUAUGAUCUACUGUUUGAUCUGCAAGACACCCUUCAGUGCCCUUACGAGUUAAUCAAGAGAUUGUACAAACAUAUAGCAGAAACAUAGGGGAGAGUGGGGACGGAUACAAUGCUUUCCUUUAUUUUCUCAAAGACUGUUUGUAUUAGAAAGACAACACUUUAAUACAAUAAAGACAAAUCUGUCAGCUACUCACCCACA